AUGGCUUUUACCGUCGGCGUCGCGGGCAUUACAGGCAAGUUUGCACGUCUUGUUGUCAAGGAUCUCCUCCAGAACCACCCAGAAGUCCGCAUCCGGGGUUUUUGCCGCAAUGUCUCCAAGCUACCCGGCCAUCUUCGGGAGUCCAACCGAAUCACCACGAUUCAAGGUGACUCCAUGAACUUGGCGGAUGCUCGAGCAUUCGUGCGUGGGUGCCAGGUUGUCAUCUGCUGCUACCUAGGGGACAAUCAGUUCAUGACCGACGGUCAGAAAGUGCUGGUGGACGCGUGCGAGGAGGAGGGGGUAACUCGUUAUCUGGCUAGUGACUACUGCCUAGACUUCACGAAGCUGGAGCUUGGCCAGCACCCGGCCAAGGAUCCGAUGAAGCUCGUCAAGGCUCAUCUGGACACCAAGACCACUGUCCAAGGGGUCCAUGUCCUGAUCGGUGCGUUCAUGGAGACCUUCUGGAGUGGGUACUUCGGCGUCUUUGAUCCCAUGCAAAUGACCUUCUCGUACUGGGGCGAAGGCGAUGAGGUUUGGGAGUCAACGACUUAUGGCACCGCCGCAGAGUUUGUGGCGGCUGUUGCGACGGACCAGAAUGCAGUCGGCCUGCAGCACUUUCUUGGAGACAGGAAGAACAUCCAACAGGUCGCUGAUGAGUUUGCUGAAGUCUACGGCAAGAGACCUCGGUUGGUGCAACUCGGGUCCAAAGAUGAUCUGUAUCAAAAGAUGCACUCAAUCUAUGACAAGAAUCCUUCGGAUGUUUACGCAUACAUAGCCCUAUUUUACCAGUACUACUGUAUCAACGGACAGACCUAUCUCAAACCGGAAUUGGAUAAUGUCAAGUACCCUACCGUGCGACCAAUAACGUUCAAGCAGUUCAUGCAGUCCCACACAAUCGAGGAGUUGAGCGAUUCAUACCAGAAUGCGGGAUCAAACGUGUAG